CCACUUUGGCAGCGUCGUGUGCUAGUCUCCGCAAAAACAACGUUCUUCGGUCAUCGAUUCAUCGAGCUGGCGCUUGGGCGGUCUGCUACCAUCGACUCCAAUUUCUGGAAGGGUCUGACUCGACUGAUCACCAUCAAUAUGCUAGCCUAAGUGAAUGCCAUUUUAGGACAUCUGCUGGGCAUCCAGAUCUGCUAUCUGGCCUGAAAAGGUUGAAAACUCCAAGUCUGACUCUCAAACCACAACCCCAAUCACUCUGUUUGCCUCCAAGAUGCCUUCAAAACCAGGAUCGCGCUCUUCCACACAGCAUUCUGCGUCCCAAGGGAGGGGGAAGGGAAAGGUGACGUUGAGCAUCGUAGACCAACCAACUGUAAAACCGACGGGCAACAAAACCAAGCGGGCAGGACUACAGUUCCCUGUGACGCGAAUCCAUAGACGUCUGAAGGUCGCUACUGAAAAACCCCGCGUUUCCUUUGGAUCCGCAGUCUACACUGCAUCCGUCUUGGAAUAUCUGGUUGCUGAGAUGGUAGAGCUCGCAGGGAACGCCUGUAGAGACGUCAGUAAAGUGAGAAUCACUCCUUGUCAUCUCCAGCUAGCAGUUCGCAACGACGACGAGCUAAAUCAUUUACUCAAAGACGUUGUGAUCGUAGAGGGCGGCGUUCUGCCUCACAUUGCACCUGAAUUGCUCAAGAAAACUGGGACUACGAACAAGGUGAAAGUCAAGCAUUCCCAAGAAGUCUGAAGUAUCGACGUGGUUUUCUUUUUCUUGUUAAAUGGCAAUUUGCUUAUCUUGCAAUCGCUUCUCUUCCAAUGC